AUGAAUUUCAUUCAGAUGAGCACAGGAGAGGUACUUGGAACUUACCUGAACAGUGAAAUCUGGAUGCUGCUUCGAUUUCUCUUUUGGUGUAAACAUCUCCGGUAUGACAGUAACAAAUGGUGGGAAGGUAAUCUCAAAGACAUCUGGGUCCAGUUCUUCGAAAUCACGUUCACCAAGAGAAACAAUUGGCCUGAAAUUCAAGAGGUAAGUAAUACCCAUGUCUAUUGGUCAGCAUGGAAUGAAGGAGACGGUCGUCAGUGUGGAGGAGGUCUUAGCCCCUCACUGUCAACUACAUUCUCAACAGAUGUUCAGGGACGACAAUCGGCCACGGUUGAUAGAAAACUAAACAACCGAAUAACAUAG